AUGGCAGACGCAGAGCUGGAAGAGAUCAGGCGAGCUCGCCUUGCGCAGCUCCAGCAGCAGCAGGGCGGCCAGCGCGGAGGUCCCAGCCAAGAAGGUGGCCAGGAAGACCAGAGGAGGCAAGCUGAAUCUGACCGCCGCGCCGCCAUCAUGAGCCAAAUCCUCGACCCCGCCGCUGCCGAUCGUCUCGGCCGUAUCCGCCUCGUCAAGGAAUCGCGUGCCGUCGAUAUCGAGAACCGACUCAUGAUGCUAGCCCAGACUGGCCAGAUCCGCCAAAAGGUGACCGAGGAACAGCUGAAGGAGCUCCUCAACGCCGUGGCCGAGAACCAGCGCAAGGAAGAGGAGGAACACAAGAUUGUGAUUAGCCGGCGCAAAGGCGGCUGGGAUGACGAUGAUGAUUUGCUCGACCUGUAG